CGAGCUCACUUCCUGUGAUGUUAGAUUUGAUGACCGCUUCCUACGUGCUCAGUUUUGUGAUUAAUGUGAUGCUCCACAGAGGACAGAUGUGAUGUCUGCCUCUACAGUCAGCGAGGAUGAGGAGGAUGAGGUGGAGUUUGUGUCUGAGGGUCUUCUCAGACCGGUGUUGGAAUGCAUUGACCUGCUGAGUGACGGAGAGGAUGAGGGUGGCAUGUCUGCCGCACACACCAUUGAGGAGCAGGUUGACCAGCAGAGGGCUCAUGCUAUGUCCACACUGGACAGACUGGCACGGCAAGUAGCCGUGGAAAAACUGGAGAGGCUUGAAAAGUGCAAAGCUUUUAAGGAGAAAAUAAUUUCACAGCAAGCACAUGGGCAGCACGAGCUGUCGGUCAGCCAUAGUAAUAGUGGCAGUAGCGAUGCUAAGCGAUGUGUGGAUAUUUGGCUAAAAAUGCCAGGGUUACAGCCCGGCACCGUGAACUCAGCCAGCUCACUGUGGAGACACAGAUCGGCUCCCGUUGCAGCACAAUGUUCUCCUCGAACCUGCCCGGUCAUCAACUGCGGCAGAGUCUAUGACAAUGUUCCUUUGCUCGAGGGUCAUCUUAAAAGGUUUGAUCAUUCACCCUGUGAUCCCACGAUUACGCUGAGAGGCAGCCCCGCUGCUUUCUAUGCCUGUGUGGCCUGUGGCCGCUACUUUCACUCCAAACGGGCGUGGAAGGACCAUGUGGGAUCUAAGGUGUCUUUCCCUGAAACUGAUGGUCACAGCCGUUCCCAGAGCUAUCAGCUGAUUGUAUGCUUUGCAUGUCCUGCCUGUUACCUCCUCUUCAACACCAAGGACGAAUGCCUUGAGCACAUGUCUGCAAAAAAACACUUCACUCAGUCCAUCACUCUCUGGGAGAAAAAACCAAGCACACCCAUACCAGUCCCUCGUUACACAAAGAACCGGUUAAUCGCUCUCUGUAAAGACGUUACCUUCACUGUCAAAUGCACAGCCUGCGCUAAGGUGCUCACCUCGCAUAUGGAGGCAAGAGCACACUUCAAUGUGCACUGCAAUUAUGGCUGCGCUAUUGUCAGUGCCGAUCAAAGCGUGGCUGACAUCAUGAGGACGAUGGCGGUCAUGGGUCAUUGCUCCUCAUGCCCCAAACCUUUUUUUAGCUUGAGUCAGAUGGAGGAGCACAAAGAGCUCCUGAAACAUGAGGUGAAGAGUGUGCGCAGCAUGGACAGGGCCCUUCUGUACUACAGCAACUACUGUGAAAUCCAACUCGCUCAGAACGCCAUGGCAUGUGGGAGCGAUUCAGACGGGCCUUCAGCUAAACGAAAAAGACUGGCCAGCUUAGAUUCCCAAGCUGAACCAAGAAAACGGUCACAGCUCGCCUGGUUCUGUGAGUGCGGCCUACGCUUCACAGAGGAGGAUCAAGCAAGAAAACACCUCCAAGCCGCCAAUCAGAUCUUUCACAAAUGUGCAGUCUGUGGCAAGAUAAUGGGCGAGUCGUCUAUAGCGCGCUUGCACAUGAGCCGCUUCCAUGGUGGUGCUCAUUUGACCAACUUCCUCUUCCACUGUAGACAGUGCAAGGUGGAGAUGCCGAGGAUGGAAGACAUCAUGGCCCAUGUUGGCGUAAGCCACAGAGGGCACAGCUACUACCAGGAAAGAGAAGACAUGGCAGACGACUGCGUCUCGUCUAGUAUGUCCCCCAAACCGUCCACUAGUGCGGAAACCGAAACGGUUUCCUCUUUCAUCUCGCUUCCCAAAGCAGAGUCUUGGCUUUGUCGGAUGUGUGAAGACCUCUUCGACUCUGAGGCGGCGGUGCGGAAACACUGCAGUGAUUUGAGCAGCCACAGUUUCCAGAGGUUCGCCUGUGGCCACUGUCCGCAGAAGUUUUUCAAGGACUCCACCCUGCGGCGCCAUUGUGCCAAUGAGCACGCCGGCGACAUAGUCCUGCGCUACUUCUGCGGGCUGUGCGAUAGCAUGCUGUACAACACCGAGGCAGAGUUUCUGGAGCACUACAACAGUCUGCACAGCCAAGAUUACUACUGCUUGGAAGCGGCUCCGAAUAAUUCCCAAGCAUCCAUGGAAAACACCGUUGAGAGUCCAAUAGCGAGUACAAGCCCUGGGCAACUUUGUCCUUGCAUGGGCUCUGAGAAAUCCAGGGAGGAAAGGAAAACUGUGUUCACAAAGUGCAUGAAACAGUUGGCCACCGAAAAUAAAUGCAGUUACUGCUGUUGCCAGUGCGACAAAAACACGGCCACCUACGCCGAGAUGAAGACGCACAUCCUCCUGACACACAAGACCCAGGGCAAUGAGAAGAGUUUCGAUGUUCUGUGCACUGUUUGCUCACAGAGCCACAAAGAUAUACCCAGUUUCCAUUCACAUUACCACAAGCAUCACUGCCAGUCAAAACCUUGCACUUCUUCCCAACCCAGCGGCGCAGACAAGAAACCGGCCGCCUCAGCUAUGAUGGCGAAGUUUCAAGAUGUAAAGAAUGCCAUUACCUCAAGGAUUCUUGAUGUUAAAAAAGAGGUGACCGUUUCACAAGAUGGUGAUGAUAAAUUUGAUCAGGACAUAAAACUGGCUUUGACUUUGAGUGCAGAGGAGGCCAGGAAAUCAAAAGAGCUGGAUAUUGCUUUACAUGCAUGGAGUAUUAUCAUUGUAGAGUUUGAAGAAGCCUUGAAAAGAAGCUUGCAGGAGUUUUGAUAAGUGAAGACACAAUUCGAGUGUUUUUAUCAUGUCGUUCAUGCACUGGAGUGAUUAAACCUGUUUCUUUUCGUUCUGUGCUUUUCUUAAGUUUAGAUAAAGGAAAUCAAUUAAAGCAUAUCUUGCCUGUUCCCAUCUGAGAAAUCUCAUUGUGUUCUGGUUAUUGUCUUCUCUGUGAUGUCAUCUUGGCCCUUGACCCUAGAAAUGAAUCCCACCCUCCUUUGAAAUCUCCGAGGUGAACUCCUCCACUCGUGUCUGAAGGAGUGUAUUACCAAGGGAAGUUCCAGCCCAUGUUUGGAGAUGUUAUUCAAGA